GAAAUGGCAUCUAUCUUUUCCCAAAAAUUUGAUGCAAACUCUUGACGUAAUUCGUAUCUCGCAGUUGCAGUUGGUGUCUGUUUGUGCAUAUAAACAGAGAAAAAGCCUCCUUUUUGUUUCUGCCAGUGCUCUAACGCCCAGGCUCCUCGUCUUAAACACGAAGAACCCGUUUCACAUUUCAUCAUCUUCAUCGCCCGCAAAUCCACUUCUCUUCGCUAUGGCAGAAAAUGAUUCAUUCUCUGGAUUCCUGGAAACUGCUGUUGAAGCAGCUAAGAGAGCUGGAGAGAUUAUCCGCAAGGGAUUCUACCAGACCAAGCAUGUAGAGCACAAAGGCCAGGUUGAUCUAGUCACUGAAACUGAUAAGGCUUGUGAAGAUCUCAUUUUUAAUCAUCUCAAACAAUGUUACCCUACACAUAAGCUCAUUGGGGAAGAAACUACUGCUGCCUAUGGUAUUACAGAGCUGACUGAUGAACCCACAUGGAUAGUUGAUCCUCUUGAUGGAACAACCAACUUCGUGCAUGGGUUUCCCUUUGUCUGCAUUUCAAUUGGUCUUACAAUUGGAAAGGUUCCCACUGUAGGUGUUGUUUACAACCCUAUUUUAAAUGAGCUUUUUACUGGCAUCCUUGGAAAAGGUGCUUUUCUUAAUGGGAACCCCAUAAAAGUAUCAUCUCAAACGGAGCUUGUGAAGUCUCUUCUUGCAACAGAGGUUGGAACAAAACGUGACAAGGCUACUGUGGAUACCACUACAAACAGAAUUAAUAGCUUGCUUUUCAAGGUGAGAUCCCUUAGGAUGAGUGGCUCCUGCGCACUGAAUCUAUGUGGAAUUGCAUGUGGAAGACUUGAUAUGUUUUAUGAAACUGGUUUUGGGGGUCCAUGGGAUGUGGCAGGUGGUACCGUGAUCGUCAAAGAAGCUGGAGGACUUGUUUAUGACCCGUCUGGUAAAGAUUUUGACAUCACCUCACAUAGAGUGGCAGCUUCAAAUCCUCUCUUGAAGGAUGCAUUCGUCGAUGCUUUGCAGCAAUCAGGAUAAGAAAGUAACCAUUACUUUUGCAAAUUACAAAUUAGCUGCUGUUUAAUAAUUCGAUUCUCAGUCCUGUAAUCAACUUCUAGCAGUGUCCUCAUUGGUUUUCAUUGUGAUGGUUUAGAAGUGAGGCUAGCUGGGUUUCAUUAUGAUAGUUUAGAACGAAGGCUAGCUGAUAUCAGCAAUGAUUCUUCCAAAUGACUUAUAGCAUUUUUUCGGAGCAUAAUUUGUAGAAUCAAAUAUUGUUAAGGAAAAACUGUCGUACUCUAAA